CUGCAGAGUCGUGAUCCCAUAUCACUUCAAUUUCUUCCAUUGACUACAGGCUGUGGCCUUUAUAUAACAACCUGCAUUUCGGUAAAUCCAAAUAUCAAAAAACAAUACUAAACCAGCCAAAUAGUUCGUUCAUAUUCAUGGCUUUUACCAUAAUCUUUCUCAUUUUCCUCACAUUUUCAACAAUAGAAGCUCAACAAAGAUCCACAAACAUAAGCCUAAGCUCUUCUCUAACACCUACCGGAACCAACUCGUCCUCCUGGCUCUCACCCUCCGGCCUCUACGCCUUUGGUUUCUACCGCCAAGGCAGCGGCUACGCUGUCGGGGUUUUUUCUGCCGGCAUUCCGGAAAAGACCGUGGUCUGGACUGCCAACCGAGACGAUCCACCGGUCCCGAGCAAUGCCACCUUGUCCUUUACAGAUGGAAGGCUCGUUCUCGACGUUCCACCAGCCCCAAACACAUACAUACCUGAUGUUACUCAGUUGAUUUCCGCGGCAUCCAUGCUGGACUCAGGCAAUUUCGUGCUUUACAGCUCUGCUCGAAGGAUAAUCUGGCAGAGCUUUGAUAACCCAACGGACACCAUUCUCCCCGGCCAACGUCUCCUAAACAGAAAGCAGUUGUUUUCCGGUGCCUCGGAAGGCGACCACUCAACCGGGCUUUUCCGUCUCAAGAUGCAAGAUGACGGGCACCUCGUCUCCUUCCCGGCGCAAUCUCCGGACGCCACCCCGUAUGUUUAUUGGGCAUCUGAGACGAAUGGAACUGGCAAUAACAUCACACUAAAUCUUGAUGAAAAAGGCCAUCUCUAUCUGUUGAACGAAACAGGUGGCAACACCAUAAAGAAUUUGAGUGCAGCAGAAUCCUCGAAUGAUGGAAAAAUCUAUCGCAUGACACUCGAUGCGGAUGGAAUCUUUCGAGUCUAUUCGCUUACAUUGGAUCCGAAAGGCAAUUGGUCGGUUAUGUGGACUUCGUCGGAGGAUAAGUGCGACCCCAUAGGCCUAUGCGGGCUAAACGGGUAUUGCAUUACAAAUGAUACGGAGGCCCAUUGCAGAUGCCUCCCGGGUUUCAAUUCUGUAAAUCCCGAGAUUUGGAGUCUCGGGUGCAAGAUGAAUUUCACAACAGCGAGUUGCAACAACACCAAUGGCGGCAGUGCCGGGUUUGCUAUGAUGCGAGAGGGAAACAUGUUAUGGGAAGACCAAAAUUAUAAGCAGACCGAAGUAACCAACAAAGAAGAUUGUGAACAAUCAUGUUUUGAGGAUUGUAAUUGCAUAGUCGCGUUAUACAGCGAGGACAAAAAAUGCAAAAAACUAAGGCUUCCUUUGAGAUACGGAAGAAGAUCGCUAAGUACUUCGCAAGUUGCCUUCAUCAAGGUUGCAAAAGAACUUCUGCCUUUGCCUCCCAAGAGAACUAAGAAAGAGCUGCGAUUAGAAACCGUCCUAAUCAUUGGAGCUUCACUUGUUACUUUUGCAAUCAUGGUGCUAACAAUUUCGGGAUUUCUUAUUUAUAGAAAUAGAGUUUGGGUAUAUAAAAAGAUUUCGGAGAAAGGGUAUAUUGAAUUCACCGGGGAUAUAGUUCUGCGAACCUUUACGUUCGCAGAACUACAGCAAUUGACAAACGGCUUCCGAGAGGAGUUGGGAAGAGGAGCAUCUGGGACCGUUUACAAGGGCGUAAUACCGUACAACCAAAAGGUUGUGGCUGUGAAGAAGCUCGAGAAGGCGUUUGCAGAAGGGGAGAGAGAAUUCCAGAGGGAGAUUAAAGUAAUCGGGCGAACCCAUCAUCGAAACCUAGUCCAACUCAUCGGUUAUUGCCUCGAUGGACCGAACAGGCUUUUGGUAUACGAAUACAUGUGCAACGGAUCGCUUGCAGAUUUUCUCUUCACGCACGAAAGGCCCCAGCCGAAUUGGGAAGAAAAAGUCGAAAUUGCUCGCGACAUUGCACGCGGCAUUCAUUACCUGCACGAUGAGUGCGAGACCCAAAUCAUCCAUUGCGAUAUAAAGCCUCAAAACAUACUCAUGGACGAGCGCUGCUGUGCCAAGAUUAGCGACUUUGGAUUGGCAAAGCUUUCGAAGGCGCCGGACCAAACCAAAACAUUCACGGGGAUAAGGGGAACGAGGGGUUACGUGGCGCCCGAGUGGCAUCGGAGGCUGCCGAUUACAGUGAAAGCGGAUGUUUACAGCUUUGGGGUCGUGUUGUUGGAGAUCAUAUGUGGUCGAAAGUGUCUGGACUGGAGCCGUAGGGAGGACGAAGCUGUGCUUGAAGACUGGGUAUACGAUUGUUAUGAGGCCAGAGAAUUGGGAAAAUUGGUUGGGGAGGAAGAAAAGAUGGAUAUAAGCAAAUUGGAGAGGAUGGUGAAAGUGGGACUUUGGUGCAUUCAAGAUGAGCCAUCUCUUCGUCCUUCGAUGAAGAAAGUUUUGUUGAUGAUUGAAGGAACUGUUCACAUCCCAACACCUCCUAGUCCUACUUCCUUUCUAAGUGCCAUAUGAUUAUGAAGUAAUUAUAUAUAUAUUUUUAUUUCUAUUCAUGUUUUGAUCGAAUUUGUAUGCUUAUUAUGAGGAUUAACAGUAUUGUUUAAUAAUUUCUUGUCAUUGACAUGGAAAAAAUCCAGUUUUAUUUGUUGUGUUUUCACUCGGCUGCAAGCUUAUGCAAUUAUUACGUCCUCAUAGAACAAU